AUCGGGGAAGAUCAGAAAGGCGCUGCUUUUGCUCACUGCGGCCAUUUGGAAGCUGAACAGAAGGACCGGUGCCACUGCGUGGGUAUCUAGGUUAUCGCUCGAAAGAGAGCAAACGAGUGAGGGAAAAAAGAGCGCCGGGCGUCAGGAGCGACUGCGGGAGCAGCCGGCGAGACUUGAAGGCUACGGGGCGUCCCGCUGCAGAGCGCCGGUACACGAGCCGCCAGCCCGAGGACCGAACGCAGUCUUCACGCACAAGGCUCCCAGCUGCUGACGACAGGCUUCACCGCCGAGCGACAAGGAAGCCCAGAGAAGCUCGCUUCCAGAUACCCGGACCUGGGUCACAGUGCUCGCCGUGCUGUUCCACUCCACGAUGAGUGCGCCCGUUCCGCGGUCCGGAGACAGCAGCGAUCACCCGCUCUGGGUCAACCCGUGCAACCUGCCCGACGACGCCAGCGGACACGCGGACCACCUGAGCCCGCAGGACGUACGCAACAUGCUCGACGCAGUGGCCAACCGCGCCCGGGUCGCCAGCGAGGAAGCCGACAAGGCCAAGCGUCGAUUUCUAGAGAGGACCUUCUCGGACUCCGAGUUCGAGGACUCGGUGGCCUCUUACAUGCAGUCGUGGCUGCCCGGUGUGCCAACGCCGUCCGAAGAGCACUUCAGAUCCAUGACAAAAGAAGACGCGUACAAGACGACGUUCGGCUACGUGCAGUACUACGCCGUGGGACUGGAGCAGGCCGUGCUGGAUCAGAUCUUCCACAACGGACCCUUCCACCGACUCUUUCUCGAGAUCCAGCAGAACCUCGGCCAGCUGCUGUGCGAGCUCCAGAUCGGCAUCGUGCACUUCAAUGUGGCCAAGAACCCGGACGUGCUGCGCGACGUGAUGUCGCACGAGUACCGCGAUAUCAAGCAGGACAGCCAGCGCAACCUGCGCGACUACAUCAUCCUGCGCGAAUACAUCCGGCUCACCCGGUACAUCUCCGAACUGUUCGCCUACCUGCGGGACCAUUCCUAAGGGCGCCGCCGCGGACGCUUGUGCAGUGCCGCCUCCUAAUUUAUUCAUAUUUAUUAAUUUAUUGACAAAGGGACACUCGCCGCCCUUGGCGGAACCCGUGGUGCGGCGUGACUUGUGUGCGCGCGCCCCAGCGUCGCCUCCAGCACCAAAGAAUUGACACUUCCUAUCGGACGGACCACUAGUGCGCGCCCGUUGUGUGUGUGCGUCUCCUGUGUGUGGGUGUGUGCGCGCUCAUGUAUGUAUUAUGACGACGCGCAAGCUUCCACCGUUGUAGUUCUCGUCAGUAGCCGUCUCUAGAGCAGAAAAAGAUUUAAGAAAAAAAUAAUAAUAACGGGGUCUGAAAUUUUCGACCCUCGCAGGGGAGAAGAGAUGUGAAGCUUCAGGGGUCGCGUAUAACGACCCAGGGGUUGUUCCCGAGAACUGCAUACUCACGGGACUUUCUCUUAAAGGUUUACAGUCGCCAGUUUUUCAGCUGGCGUGCACAACGAGCCAACGUCGUUUUGACGCGCUUGUCUUCGUUAUUGGACGACAAUUUUAUUGGCACUAUCUUAUUUUCAACAAUUUUCGAGUGUGAUAGUUUUUAAAAACGUGGUUUUAUCGUGAAUUCAUAUGGCAGAGACCUGAAUGAGUUUUACAUAUAUUUUUUUCACUUGGACUCGUUAUGAACUCGCUGUUACUUGUUGCUGUCGCAGCAACACAAGGCAUUCCUGCGCUGAGGUUGUAGAUAUGCGGAUGUUUGUGGGUGUUUGUUUGUGCGUGUGUUUAUGUCUAUAGUGUCUACAGAGAACUGUCCGACAGCGCGAUUCCCUCGUUCUGGCAGCAGUGGUCACGCACGCUAGUCUCGCACCUGUACUCGCUGCAACGUGCACCCUUCCGACAAGAGUCUUGUCCGGAGAAACUACCUCAGUCUUCGCGUGCGUCCCUCGCAUGCGCCGAGCAGCUAUUUCCGCACGCCAUCGGUGGCUGUGCCAGCGCCGCCGCAUGUCGAAGCCGGUCGCACGUCUAGUUGCCGUGUGUCGCACACCGCCAGUCAAGCCGCCUCAGAGGAGAGAGAUUCCCGUUUUUGCAGACAAUUCUAUUCUGAGCAGCAUUUUGUAAUACACGUGGGUCAGGGCUUACCCUCACUAAGGAAGGUGCCUGGAGCUAAUGUUCACAGCUAGCUCCCAUGACAGACAGAACGCGGAAUGCCGAGUACGCCUUUUGAAUGGGGAAGAGCAAAUGGGAGAGACCAACUACAGCUUUGAGAGUUUCACAUCGAGAUGAGAAACCGGACAGUUUUAAUUUCUUCUAACUUGUCCAAUGGUGAACCUUCAAAAAUUAUUUCUGUAAUACACUCCCCAGGUGGCGCCUUACAACAUCUAAUGUGUAAUCAAAAGUUGCAAUGGGGCCAUUUGACUGGCUUUUAAAGGUCAACUCUUUUCCAGAACAGAAUCGUGAAUGUAGCGCGUUUUUCUUUCGUGAUGUUCGUUGUAAACAUUUGAGUACGCUGACCACACGGGAACAUUGCCCGGAACCAAGUAUAUCAAAGCCCAAAAAUUUUUAGUUUUCGCACAUUUUUUAGUUUUCUGAAAAAAAAAAACUAUCUUCUUCCAGUCUUCUUAAAAUUUUUCCUUUCAUAUCCUCCCAGUAGCGGAACGACGAGCGUGGCGGCAGUUGUGUGUCCUUUGCGCGUGUUACGCAGCUUGCGUCGGGAAAUCAAGCGGCAGCUAUUUCUAAGAGGUCUCAAUUGAGAACCAUCUCGUCAUGCAUUUAUACCUUCUCUUGCCCGUUGAAGCCAUUGGUCAUAUAUUCACUCUGGGUUGUGUGAUCCCGCAGAAACUCAAAUGUGGGUUGUAGCAGAACAAAAAAAAAGAGAUAAACCUGUUAUUUAAGGAAAGAAACACUCAAGCACGAGUAUCGAAGGCACAGAAGCUUCGCUAUCUGCGAAAGCUUCGAAGGCGGGAACACGCGUAUCGCGCACCCGUUCUGGCUUUACGCUCGCAUGGCUACAAGUAGACGGCUAAAUUGCCCUGCUGGUCCGAUUUCAUAAAUUUCCGUAUCGUUUCCUACGAACUUUAGGUUCCUCGGCAAAAAAAAAAAAAAACACACACACACACAAAAAAUGAAGCUACUGCGUGGCCAUACCUGGUUUACAGGAACCAGAAUGAGUGUGCGCCGUAAGCUCCCAGUUUCGCAAACUGCUCAGUUCACUGCUUCAGCGCGAGAGAGGAGCUUGCAGUUGCUGUGCCAAACUGCUCCGGCCUACCUAUUCGCAGUGUAAAGGUGUAGUUUGCGUAUACGAUGUCACUGGGAGAAAUUGUAAUUGCAUUGAAGAGCGACAACAACAAAAAAAGACUGUUACGUAACGUUGAGUUGGGGAAAGCCAGGUUUCGUUUCGGGCAAGUCUGCUACUACCCCCCCCCCCCUCCUCACUUACCGUUAUCUGCCCGCGUAAUACAUUUGAACCAUUGGUGCAGUUAUACCACAUUCUCGACGUUUCUCGGACGAACGAAACUGCCACACACACACACUUUUUUUGUGGUUGUGAAUACCUGUUCCGCGUAGGAAAAGCAAGGUUGUCCUUCACGUUACCCCUGAAAAAUUGAGCCGGAGCGUUGUUUUGUUUGUCUGUUUCUUCUUUUUGUCUUUCAAUGUUCACAGAAUGCCAAGUUGCUGCGGAAACUUUAUCGUUCUGUAUUCUAUUGCCCUCCCAUUGUUAUUUAAUACUCAUCGACACCAUGGCAUGUAUACAUUGAUCUGUUAUGUCAUUUGACGGAAUAGCUGGUACGGCCAGACCUAUGUUUCAUCGCAUUCAGUGGCGUACGACGGUCUACUUAAACCAGAAAACAUGUGCGAAAUACAUCUGUUAUCCAGUUUUUUUUUUCGUUUUUUUUUCGAGGCUCACUGCAAAUGUUGAAAUAUAAAGAAGCAUUCUUUUACGCAGACUAAGUGUGUGUGUUUCGGAGGCCUGCAUUGUCGCUUUAUCAAAAGUAAGUUUAUCGAAAAAGCACAACUAUGACACCUGUACGCCCGCCCGUGCGGAAGACGCUCCCGUGUCGCUUUUCUCGGCAUCCAGUUUACGUCCUAGUGAUCUAUCCAGAACGUCGUUACAGCUUUCUGAAGCAAAUAGAAAUUAAAAGAAACGAAGGAAGUAAUGUAAGUAAACCCUGUUUGAUAAGUUUUCGUUUUCUGCCCAUGCGCGGGUACAGUUAAAGUUGUAGGAAGGGCAAAAGCAAAUCAAGCAAGCUCUCUCUAUUCCCGAGCAGUCGCCUCCUCCGCCGGCAUUCAGGGCGCGAGCUGAGCGUGCCGCGGCCGACGACGCAGGUGACAGAAACGCGUGCUCGUUUGGCUCCGACAUGAGCGCGGCGGCGCUUCUCAGCCUCGCGGCGUAGGAGUGCGGCGCGUCUCUUCUUUGGCGCACGUUGUCUGCUGUAAAUAACCCGCAGCCACAAAGCGAACGAAGCUCGUGCGGCUCCGUCGAGAAGCGGAGAAGCACCUGUACAUAUACCUAGUUCAAAGCGUUCGAGCCUCGAGUAAUUAGUUUUUUUUUUCCCCUUCGUCGGUGCAUUGAGGCUGCCUACAUGUGAUGAGUGCUUCAAAAUAAAUGAAAGCGUUUUAUUUGAA